UGGUCGUUGGCGAGAUCCGCCAAACUGAAGCUACGAAAGUAGGAGCUGCCUCCGCUGCGCCGGGAGAGUCGGAGUUGCUUCUCAGCAACAGCUGCUGCCGCCACGACCGCCUCCCGCUCGUCUCUCUCUCUCUCUCUCCCCCCUCUCCUCUCCUCGGGUCUCCGGCGGCCGCCAUGUUAGGUCGGAAUGAUGAACUGGGGCUGCAUUGAAGGGGACCCAACGCCUCGUCGCCCGCCUCCUGGUGCGUGUGGAAAGGCGAGCAUCCCGGCUCCUCCCUCUCCUCUCGGCCUGGGCUUGCGGUACGGCCUCUGGAAGCGACGGUUGGGCUCGCCGUUUCCCUGGGAGUCCCUGGCCGGAGGCUAUGGGGCGGUUGUGGCAGGGCUGAGCACGUCGGACUGUACCUGAGCGGAGGAGGAGUAGCAGCGACGCGGGUCUCCCCAGCAGCGAGACUGCCGCCGGACCAGCUUCUCUCGUCCUGAAGCGGAAGCGAGAGCGCCCUCUCCCCUGCAAAGAGGAGGCAGGGGGGCUUGGCGGUUUCCCCCGGAGUGGCCCACGGGCAGCAGAAAAUACCAUGGGGUGCAUUAAGAGCAAGGAAGAUAAAAGUCCUAGCAUGAAAUAUAGAACUGAGAAUACUCCGGAGACAAUUACCUCCCCUGCCAGCAAUUAUGGAUCUGAUUCAACCCAAGCUAAUCAGUCACCUGCAGUAAAAGGACCAUCAGUUAAUUUUAAUAGCCAUUCCAUGACUCCUUUUGGUGGGUCAUCUGGUAUGACACCUUUCGGAGGAGCAUCUUCUUCAUUUUCUCCAGUGCCAUGUCCAUAUCCUAGUAGUCUAACAGGGGGUGUUACUGUUUUUGUGGCUUUGUACGAUUAUGAAGCAAGAACUAGAGAUGAUCUUUCAUUCAAGAAGGGGGAACGCUUUCAGAUAAUCAAUAAUACGGAAGGAGAUUGGUGGGAAGCAAGAUCUAUUGCAACAGGAAAGAGUGGCUACAUUCCUAGCAAUUAUGUGGCUCCUGCAGAUUCCAUACAAGCAGAAGAAUGGUAUUUUGGUAAAAUGGGCAGGAAAGAUGCAGAAAGAUUACUUUUAAAUCCUGGGAAUCAGCGUGGUAUCUUUUUAGUCAGAGAGAGUGAAACUACAAAAGGUGCUUAUUCCCUUUCUAUACGUGACUGGGAUGAGAUUAGAGGUGAUAAUGUGAAACACUAUAAAAUUAGAAAACUUGACAAUGGUGGAUAUUAUAUAACAACAAGAGCACAAUUUGAAUCUUUACAAAAGCUGGUCAAACACUAUACAGAUCAUGCUGAUGGCCUGUGCCAUAAAUUAACAACUGUGUGUCCAACUGUGAAACCUCAGACACAGGGUUUAGCAAAGGACGCCUGGGAAAUCCCUAGAGAAUCCUUGCGGCUAGAAGUUAAGUUGGGCCAAGGAUGCUUUGGUGAAGUUUGGAUGGGUACAUGGAACGGAACAACAAAAGUUGCAAUCAAAACUCUAAAACCUGGUACAAUGAUGCCAGAAGCUUUCUUACAAGAAGCUCAGAUCAUGAAGAAAUUAAGGCAUGAUAAACUUGUUCCACUUUAUGCUGUAGUGUCUGAGGAGCCUAUCUACAUUGUCACUGAAUUCAUGACAAAAGGAAGCUUACUAGAUUUUCUCAAGGAAGGAGAAGGGAAAUAUUUAAAGCUUCCCCAACUGGUGGAUAUGGCUGCCCAGAUUGCUGAUGGCAUGGCAUACAUUGAAAGAAUGAAUUACAUUCAUAGAGAUCUUCGAGCAGCUAAUAUCCUUGUAGGGGAUAAUCUGGUGUGCAAAAUUGCUGAUUUUGGAUUAGCAAGAUUAAUAGAAGACAAUGAGUACACUGCUAGACAAGGGGCCAAAUUCCCAAUUAAAUGGACAGCACCUGAGGCUGCACUAUAUGGUCGGUUUACAAUUAAAUCUGAUGUCUGGUCAUUUGGAAUUUUGUUGACAGAGCUUGUAACAAAGGGACGUGUGCCAUAUCCAGGAAUGGUCAAUCGGGAAGUUUUAGAACAAGUGGAACGUGGAUAUAGAAUGCCUUGUCCUCAGGGAUGCCCAGAAUCUCUUCAUGAAUUAAUGAAACUCUGUUGGAAGAAAGAUCCCGAUGAAAGGCCAACAUUUGAAUAUAUUCAGUCUUUCUUAGAAGAUUAUUUUACUGCUACGGAACCACAGUACCAGCCUGGAGACAAUUUAUAAAUUGAUGGCUUACAUCCCAUGCACAAAUAUGCCAAAUGUAGAGUACUUUUUUUUUAAAAUUUCUUGCUAAUUGGAAGAACUCAAAAGAAAGCAAAUUGCAAUUUGCAUGCUCUUUUUAGCUGGCAAACUGGAAUUCUGAAAUAUGGUUGCACAAAACCACUUUUUAAAGUGUUAUACCUGUAUAUAAAUGUAUCAAUGACACAUUUUUCUCCCAUAUUAUAUCAGGGUCCAAAAAAAAAAAUACACUGAAAAAAUGGGUGGUAAAAUUAGCAUUGCUAUAACAGUGGAGCUGCUGUUUCUUUUUCUUCUAACUUUUAGGUCAUUAUUAAAGGCAACAUCAGCUAUUUAAAUAAACCUGUAAAUGAAAAUGGUCAAAGGAUAACAAAAUAGUUUAUGGGACCAACAAUUCUAUGUUAGUAUUAAGAGGGCUUUAAAUACAAGGUUUUCUUCUAGGCGCAGGGGUCCUCAACCUUGGCGACUUUACAAGUCCACAAGCCUUAAAGUCGCCAAGGUUGAGGACCCCUGCGUCUAGAGGCUCAUUUCCUAUUGAUCUAGCUAGGGUAGCUCUCAGCAGAUGGUAGCACUUGACCAACCUUCUCUGAAUUCAGAAGGUAGACGUGGUUAGUUCUUGGAAAAGUUUCAGGAACACUGUAGCUAUAGACUAGGUUGGAAAACGGGAAAAAUAUGGAUGAAGGAAAUGGAAAGGAAAAAAAAUUAACUCUGUAUUGUUCCCCAAAAAACUACAUGUAUGCGAAGUCACCAGGAGUCAACUUCAAAGAAAAUUUAAUUUUAAAGCAAGUAAUUUAUGAUACACUUGAUUAAAUACUAGACCUCAAUAAUGGAACUGAAAAGCAUGUUGCACUGUGCUGAAACUUUAUAUUAAUAAAUCAUAACUGGAAAGUAGCAUAUUUUAUUUCCUACAUAGUACAAUUAAGAAUGAAGUUAACUUCAUAAACCAUUAACUCAUUUUGUAAUUAAGUUACUAGAGUACAAUGUUAAACCUGAAACUGCAGAAUGCAAUAGAGGUUAAAGAUAACAUCUUAACCUUCAAGAUGUAGUGUUUCAAAGUUCCAAUUUCCAGUGAAACAUAUCCCAGUUUUUUAUAUAUAUUUAGAAGACACAUCUGAAAAAGGAAGUAAAGUGGCAAAUGCUUAUGAAGACUCAUCAAUUAAAAUGUUCAGGGAUUCACUAGAUUGCACAGCUUCUCUGUCAAAGCAUUUAUGAAAAACACUGUUUAAGAUCUGAGAGCCCAUCAAUGGAUCAGAUCUAGAUAUGAACCUCAAUGAAUGAAAUGAACUUCUAUGUGGGGAGACAUAGCCCCUCAUACUAUUCUGGAACAUCUUCCAACCCCCACAGCAUACUUUGACAGAGGUAAAGAAUGGAGGGAUUGAUGUGAAUUGUUUUCCCAUUUCUGCAGUUCACAGAGUUGUCAGAAUUCUGGAUUUAGCCCAACAUUGUAAGUGUUGGGAUAAUGAUACUGGACAGUAGCCCAACUUUCUAAUAAUACAGAGUGAUUCCCAGUCAACUAGACAAUAAAUGGUUGCAUAACGAUUCCUAAAACUCUUUACAAAACCAUCAGAUCAAAAAUAAGAGUGGGCUGAAUCCAUCUUCUUGUGAAGAGUUAGAUUUUUCGUAACCAUUAUGUAUAGCUUUAAGCUAUACCAAUAGACUGAGCACCUAAGCCAAAUUCAACUAAUGAUAUUAAAACUGCACAUAUACACUACUUGCAAGUAUACUGGGGAGUAGGAGCUAUCAUAACCUCUUAUCAUAUCAAGCAAUAAAAUCCUCUUGGCAUUUUAGAAUUUUCCACUCGAAACAAAUGUUGCACUUCAAAGCUUUUCUGUGAAAAUGAUAAUUACUGCUAUCAAAAAAACCGCCCAGAUUUUAUAUAAACUUAUAAAAUUGUGCAAUCAAGUGGCAUUUUCUUUUCUCGUUUAUACAUCCCAAAACUAUGAAAUUUUGAAAGGGCUAUGUAGCAAAUAAUACAGGAUUGUAAUUUCUUUUAUAUUCUGAAAUGGGUAGUGCAGUUGUGUUUAUUUAAUAAUGCAUAUGCCAGAAAACUAGUCUGGUGUUAUUUGGAUUUUAAUUAAAAUGCAACAAAUCAUUGUAACAAAUGUAUAAUACUGAAAUUAAAAAACAGAAAUUUAAUGAGUUUAUUGAAGAAAAAUAUGUAUUUUAAGCGUUAUACCUUCCAUGUUUGUUUUUCCUUAUUUUAUAGUGUAUUACCUCAAGAUUUUAAUGUGAGCAAAUAAUUCAACAAACACUUUUCUAUAUAUAGUAAUACAUGUAAAAGUGUGAUUAUUUUUAUAAAAUAUGAUGUUGAAUUUGUUUCACAAGAUUGCUUUUAAAGUUCUAAUUACAAAAUUAUUUUUUAAGAAAAUAACCUGAUAAGUUCCAAGUUGCUUUGAAAUGAAACAAUCCUAUCUAUACUACGUUUAAUUGACUAAAUGUAAUUAAUUCAGUGAGGCUUACAAGUUGACAUGCAUAGCACUGCUCUAUUUCUUUUUAUAUUUCUUGAUCUUUAUAGAAUAAUCUGAAGUAUGUUAUUUUAUUUGUAUUUGUUAGUAGAUUUCAACAGAAUACAUCAUCUUGAAGAGCCAUGAUUCACUUAUAAGAUUUUUUUUCUUGCCCUAAAAAUAUUAGAAUUUUUUUUAGUCCUUUCUCUGGAUAGGUUUGCAUAUCAAAAUAAGCCAAAGCAAGCAUACAUUAUUAUUAAAUGAUACUUAUGCUUCUUCUGUGAGUAUAAGCUAAGCAAAUCAAGAAACUUCUAUUAUUGAUACAAGCGCGGGAUCCCAAAUCAAGAAAUUGAACUCAGACAUUAUUCCUGAUUUGCAUUUUUAAAUUUUAAUUUUUCUUGAUUUGUUUAACUGGUAUCUAAUAGCAGAAGGAGCUAAGCCAGACAGUGUGCACGAGCACACUUGUUCUUUCACAGGAAGUCUCUUUCCACUGUAUGAAACUGGAAUGCUACUUCUUUAAAAUGCACUGUCAUCUUCCAUUAAAUAUUGGAAAACACUAACCAUUACAUGUGCAUAAGGCACUUUCUUAUAUUUGCUAACAUUGUAAAUGUGUGCAUAAGGCACUUUGUUACUUUAUAAACACAAUAGAUAUGCAUACAUCUCAUGGUCUCUGGGAUGAAGUAUCUCUGUUUAGAAAUUUUGGUGGAUACUGUACGAUGGGCCCUCAUAAAAAAAAUCAUGAAGUAUGUUUCCACAAUCUUGAAGACAAGUGAAGGCUAGGGAUGGGAAGGAGCUACUUAUAACAAUGUAAAGAUCUUGGAAUUUCUUCUUCCUGCGCUAUGUGAUUUGGUGGUUAACUGUUAAGAAAGUACUGUAUCCCCUUUUGUCUAAGUGGUAACUUUCCUACUAAAUUAAUUGUCCUUCGUUGGACAGGGAGCAAUAAGCACAAUUUCUACACAUUUUCAGUUAGAAACAAAGGGUGCCACGAUUUUCUGAUAGGGCUCCUAGUUUCAUUGGAUCUUUCAAUGGGAAAGUCCAGUAUAACCUCAAACUAUUUUUUGUGAAUUUUAUUCCAUGCCUCCUGCACAAUCUUAUUCUUUUGUCAAUACUGUACAGCAUGACCCAGCAUCUCCAGUAACACUAUUUUUAAAAAAGUAGAAUUACUAGAACAAUUUUCAGAAUAACAAAUGCAAAUUUAUUACAUUUUCAAUUCCUAUGUUUAUUGCAUUUUCAGCACUUCCUGUACUGUAAUCAUUGUUAAUCAGUUAAGAAUGAUUUUUAUAUUGUAUUGAAAACUAUUGUAUAACAUUUCUGAUAGAAACUGUAUUGCAAGCCUUGUGUAUCAGUUUUGUUGAAGCUACCUUGUGUGGUAACCUUUUAUUUUGUUUGGUUUUCCUAUCAUACUAUAUUGACAAGCUUAAAUAUUUUUAAUAUUUUAUUACUUUUGCAUAAUUAAACUUCCCAAAGCUUAA